AUGUUUAAGAACGGGAUACGGAAAGCAUGCACGGAGUGUAAUUUAAACCUAGGGAAGCGUCUUCAUGCUUUUCAGCCUGCUGUUAUGCAUUUUUACUCGAGUCAAUGGGCCACGUUUGCUCGAGCCUGGUAUCUUUUGGAUGCAAAGAUGCAGCCUCCAGGGAAAAUUGCAGAAAUGUGCAAGAUCAGACUUCAAGGAAAGCAUAAACCUGUGUACCACGCUCUAAGCGAUGUUGGAGAUCAUGUUGUCGUAAUAAAUACAAGGCAUAUUGCUUUUUCUGGCAAUAAAUGGGAACAGAAGGUAUACUCGUCACAUACUGGAUACCCCGGUGGCUUCAAACAAGUGACAGCAGCUCAACUUCAUAGAAAGGAUCCGACAGCAAUUGUAAAACUGGCUAUCUAUGGAAUGCUGCCAAAAAACCUUCUCAGAAGAACCAUGAUGCAAAGACUGCAUCUCUUUGCAGAUGAUGAUAUUCCUGAGGAAAUACGUAAGAAUCUAGUAGAGCAGCUUCAGCAGCCCCGCAAAGUGCCCAAGAGGUUGAACGAAUACACGCAAGAGGAAAUCGAUGCUUUUCCAAAGCUCUGGAGUCCGCCUAAAGAUUUUCGAUGGAGGUAGCUGGGAAGUAGAGCCUACAUCUCUUCUGAACGCAGCACCUACUGGCACCUCAUAUUUCAGUCAAGUUGCAUAAACCUUCACAAAUUUGCUCUAAGUAGUUUUUUUUAUAAGGACAAUAUUGUUUGGCCAAAAUGAAUAAUCUUUGGUACAUCAUAAAGCUGAAGCCACGUUUUUUUGUUUUUAAUCACCCCCUAGCUUUGGUAAGUAGUAGCAAUAAAGCUACUUUUCAGAAAACUAUUUUGAGAUAUCUGCAUAUUUAUGUAUGAAACCUCUUCUUUGGCCUUUGGAUAAACUCAUUUUAUGGCUCAAUGUGUGAUACACAAAAAGAUUGAGCAAACGUGCUGGCGGUUAAAUUGGCACAUUCUUGUUGAAGCCUAUAGUUGACUGGUGAUUUCAUGUUGAAUUCAAAGCCCUCAGUUCCACCAAGGGCUUUCACCCAGGCAUUCCUUGCUGGGUUGAUGGUUGGCUUUGUCCAGCCCAGUCAGCUGGAGGUGGCUGGGACAAAACCUUUUCUGUCAGGAAGUGAGGGAUACUCAGGUUCAAGAUUGCCCCCAUCUAACUCAUCAGCAAUCUCUGACAAUACCAACUAUUUAUUAGGUAGCUGAGCAUUUGCAGAAAGCAAUGCUUAUAAUGGAUUGGAAACAGAAAUGUUAACUGAAGUUCAUUGAACAAUUUACAAUCAAAUGCAGUCUUCUGGGAUAGAAAUGCAUCAUCACAAAGCAGUGGUGAAUAUUUGAGGUGGGUCCUUCAUCUGCUCAUCCUGUGCGAAAUGCUUCAUGGUUGCUUUUAAUUUCUUAGACCAGGUGGGGCUUCAGAUGUUCAUGGUCAACAAUUCCCAUCAGCCCCUGCUGGCAUGGCCCUGGUGCUUCAGAUGUUCAUGGACUACAAUUCCCAUUAGUCCCUGCUGGCAUGGCCAAUUGGAAUUGGGAUGGGAAUUGUAGUCCAUGAACAUCUGAAGCGCCAGAAUUGGACACCCCUGUCUGAGACCAUCUGGGAAAGUCUGUUAACUCCAAAAGAUUAAAAAGUGACUAGAUUUUGGAGGCAGUUUUAAAACUGCACAUAUGUCUCAUACUCUUUUUGGCACAAAGAUAAAACAUUAAAAUAAAACACUGUGAAAUCA